AUGGAUAAACGCAAUGAGCCGAAUCAUGCUGCUCAUGGCGCCCUACAUAACCCUGGAACAGGAGACCGAUCAUCAGACCGAGACGAUGAAAGCAGGGGAGCCGAGUCGUCGAAUAAGUAUCGAAGAAUCGAUCGGGAGGGAGCCAGAGCUUCGACGGCUUCCGAGCAAAGCGGCCGUUUCUUGUUUGUCGACUCGUCCUCCAGUGGGCAAAGACCGCGUUCUGACCAGCGAGCAAUAAAUGCACACAUUCAGCAGACUGCGCACAGAAAUCGAAGGCAAGCCGCACAAAAGCAGAAAACCACCGGAGCUGCGAAUAUAGGACGGUAUCGACGUGAGCCACAGUUGCAGCCGCGUCCUAUCGAGCCUCAACCGACAACCCCGGUCACGUUUGAGCGACGGAGCCCCUCCCAGCAACAGCAAUCGACCAGUCGUGAAAGCUCUGCGGCACCACGAUCAUCGCUGAAUCCAUCAGAGGAAACUGUUACUCACGAACCAUCAUCCCCUAGACCCUCGGAGACUCUUCCAGAAUUCGACCGUGGGCAUGUGGACCGAUUGCGGCACUAUAGCACCGUUCGUGGAGCUGAGGUUCGCGAGGCCAUCAACGCUCAGCAACAUUCACAAAAUGCAUUUACAGAAAUCGCUCGGCGGGAGCACCCCCAAGACGAGACGACCUCGGUGAGGUCCAUGCUCACACAGAUUUUGCAACGACUGGAUGCUGGCCAUGCGGGCCGCUUGAUUCAGCCGUCUCCUAAUUCAUCACUGAAUAACACUCUCCUUGACCCUUUUAAUAUCAGCUCUGUACAUAUUACCCCGAGCAUGAAUGCUGUUUUACGCCAUUUUUCCGAUGUUAUGAUACCCACCGUGUUUCCUACGCGACAUCAAGCCGAGAUUCAGACUCGAUGGGCUUUUCAGAAUGCUGCGCAAGAUCCACUGGUCUUGUAUUCGCUAUUGGCGAUUGCGUCGGCCGAGAGAAGUGCGCGACUGGGAGAAUUGCGGAGCGGUGCGAUCGAGACGACAUUCACCGAAGCAGACCUCGAAAACCGCACCGCCCCCGAUUUUGUGUCGUAUAAAGUGAACGCAGUGAGGAUUGCAAAUGAGACGAUGAAAUCUAUGGAAAAGGCGACCCAGGCUUCGACGAUUUUUGCUAUGAUGUGCUUGCUUUCAAUUGAGGUCAUCACGGGAAACCAAAAGGAAAUAUUCGCGCACGUUUCUGGACUGCAAAAACUGAUCGCCUGGCGGGGCGGGUAUCAUGGGAUACCUCCUCACGCUACAGAGCUCAUCCUCUCAUCCUCCUACAUGUGCGCUGCGUUGACACGAUCUUUGCCUGCGGCUCCCCCUACUUCAGCACUGCCUGCCCUACCUGCGAGCUUGGUCGAAGAGAUAAGGCAAAACGUAAGCGAGGACGUGAAAAAAAUGGGCAUGGGCAUAUUGACCGCGGACGUUGAUUCGAUCCUGGACUGGAGAAUAUCACAAGCCUUUCGAGAUAUGAAGGAUGUCGUCCAAUACCGCGAAUACUACCACGAAAAGCAGCUGCUGCCUGCGCCGGAGGAAAAUGAGUACAUCAACGCCAAAAGCUACCAUUUUCGGUAUGCAGCCUUGUCCGCCCCGUUCGAACUACGGGAACCCGCCAGCGACAAAGAGGAGGCCUGUCGCCUUGCGAUGCUCAUUUUCUGGUUCAGCAACUUUCAGAUCUCUCGACCUGACUCUGCGCUCAACCGGACCUUGACCGCACAACUGAAGACGGCCCUGCAAGCUUCGGACUUGAAAGGUCUCUGGGGCCCGCACUAUGAACUCCUGGUAUGGGUUCUCCUGCUGGGUGCGUUCAUAUCUGCUGGCCAGAGAGAGAGGCCGUGGUUCGUCCUGAAUCUUGCCAGGGUGUCCCGAGUGCUCAAACUGCACAACUGGGACGAAGUCCGCCAACUUCUGUUGAGAUUUUUCUAUCUCGACCGAAUCUACGCUGAGGGCAUGCGGCAGAGCUGGGAGGAAGCGGCAUUAUUAGCAGAGACGAUGGAGGCCGGGCUGUCAUGA